AUGGUGUCACUUUACACAACUCCCUUCAAUCCAAAUCCAAGAUCCCUCCUCACCCAUCCGAAAUUCAUCCUAAACCCUUCCGUCUUCACCACCACCUUCCCCUCCCUCUCCACCACCAUCUUCUCCUCCCUCUCUCUCAAACUCACUCGCCCCUGCCGCUCUGCUGAAGCUCUCAGCGCCCGCAUGGUCUCCAAUGCUGCCGCAAGCUAUGCCCUCGCCUUCGCCGACAUCGCCAAAUCCAACAGCACCCUCAAUGACACCAUAAUUGACAUCGAGAAAAUCGACGAAAUCUUAUUCAAUCCACAGAUGUUCGACUUCUUCGUCAACCCAAUUGUGGACGCCGAACGGAAGAAGUAG